UGGAACACAUAAUUUUAAAUAAUGCAACCUGCUAGUUGCGGUGAGGUCCGACCUUCUGCUGAUUAAUUAUGUUUCCCAGUUUAUAAAUAGCCCGUAGACUGGUUUUGGAAAACAGAUUGGCAUGCGAUUUUAAAUAGGCAAUUACGGGUUCAAUGAAUAUCAACUUUGGAAUUAACAUUAGUACUGCUAAUUGUAUCAAAUGAUAGUGCGUUUUAGUUACAUGCGUUAACUAGGAAAAAAAAUAGUUUUAGGAAAUAAUAAAUAAAGAAAGAAACAUUUGUUGUCAAUAAACUUCGUAUGUUGAAAGUACCUUUGUGCAAGAAUAGUUUAGAAAGAAAAAUGGAGCUAGAUGUGUGCUCAAGUAAUUCUCGUGAAUGCGAUGCAACAAAAACUGAAAUGAAGAAGUCCACGAUUCUGAAAACGCCGGACAAUUCUCAGGCAUCAAACUUCACUUAUCGUCAGAACCACGUAUCCACGGUUGUUCUAUCUGGUGUUCCAAUUGUUUCCCUACAUAUAGACGGAAAAGAAAGAUUGUGUUUAGCACAGAUUUCUAACACACUCCUGAAGCAGUUUAGCUACAAUGAGAUCCACAACCGACGGGUGGCUCUAGGUAUAACCUGUGUUCAGUGCACACCUGUGCAACUAGAAAUACUAAGAAGGGCAGGGGCAAUGCCAAUAUCUAGCAGAAGAUGCGGAAUGAUUACUAAACGUGAAGCUGAACGUUUAGUGAAAUCUUUUCUAGAGGACAACAGGCCCCCAAAGCUACCAGACAAUUUUUAUUUCGAAGUUUUCCACUUAUGUGGUUGGGGUUGCAAAGGUAAAUUCGAACCAUCCAGGUAUAACAGUUCUCGAGCAAAAUGUAUAAGAUGCAAUUUUUGCAAUUUGUAUUUCUCACCAAAUAAAUUCAUUUUUCAUUUUCACCGGGUUGCAGACUCCAAAUAUAACCACCCUGAUGCUGCAAACUUUAACUCAUGGAGACGCCAUCUUAACCUCCUGAAAGGAGGUGACAAUGAUGACAUACAUCAUGCAUGGGAAGAUGUAAAGGCCAUGUUUAAUGGUGGAAGCAGAAAAAGAAUGUUAUCUUCAGAUGGGUACACGGAAUCACAAUCUGUUCCUGAAGAGAAAAGGCAAAAAACCUCCACAGAUGAAGGAGGAAUCUUAACUAAACCAGGGUUCGGUACUCAGUAUCAAAGUUAUCCAUUUUUCUCGAUGCCAGGUAAAACGUAUCCAUUCGGUGCGUUAAAUACACCAAAUCCACUUGCAUUGCAGUAUCAAAUAAACAAAGCAGAAAUACGAAAUGACGAAAAACAAACUCAAAACAUUCCGUUUCAUCCAUGGAGACAACCAACAGAUUACAUAAUACCGCCAUAUGAUUUAUUUUGGGGGAAUCAAUUUGCAUCUAGACAAGCGAGUUUAGCAGGAUUUGGAAAAAACUAUUUCAACAGUUCAACUGUUAAAGACUUAACCACCUCCAUGAACUUACGACAGUCACCAUCUGAUACCCAUUCUUCGUCCGAAGAUGAUGAAAGCAGUUCGCAUACAUUUGGUGCAGCUCCAGAAACUUUGAACUCUAAUAAUCAGCAGUGUAGGCCUUCUGCCUUUCGGCCUGUAGGGAAAUCUCCACGAAAUGACAAACUUGAACUUGAUGACUUGCAUGAUGAAAAUAUUGAAGGUGAUAUCAAAGAAAACAAUGAAAAUAUUAAUAAUUCUGAUAUAGAUGAAUCAGAUAUAGAUAUAGAAGAUGAUGAAUGUAAAUUCGAUGAUUCCGCUGAUAACGAUAAAACAGAAAGGGAAGAUAAUAGACUGUUUACACACGAUACAAGUAUUUCAGAUAAUACUGAUAUUACAAAAAAUGAAGAAUCAAGAGUAUCAAUGCUUGUUGAAACUUCAGAGGAAAUAGAACCGGAACCAACAAUAGCUGAUGUAGCAGAAGUUCAGCAGGUCGAUGGAGAAUUAAAAAAGAGUCCAUUAAUGCACGAAGAACGGAUAGAGGACGAUAUAAACUGCAACAAACCUUUUCAACUGAGUCUAGAAGAUGUCAACAACAUGAGCAAAGAAGAACUUCAGAAACAACUGAAAAGUGAAAUGGAUAUAAGAAAACAAGUGGAGGAUGACAUCAAUAAAAUAAAGAAAAGCCUACAGGACCAGGUCAGCAAGGAGAAAUCACAGCGAGACGAGAUAACACAACAAUUACAAUCCAUGAAAGAUGCGUUGUGCAAUGAACUUGAACAAGAACGAAAAAUCAGGUUUUCAAUGCAACAAAAAUUGAAAGAGGCCCAUGAUGCAUUGCAUAAUUUCUCGUGCAAAAUGUUUACAAAUAAACCGUGUACAGAUUGUGUCGUAAAAGAAGCUAUGCGUCAAUAAACUUUCUAUCCUACACAAUCAGAACAAUGACAUACUCCAGGAUUAAAUUUUAAGCUGUUACAUCAAUUGUUGACUGUAUUUAAUACAACAAAAUCAAAGUACAUUUGUAUUCUAUCUGUGUAAUUAAUUAUACGUAUAAAAAGAUUUUAUCUAAGACCAUGUUUGUAUGAUGCUGGAUGGAUAUAUUCAUGAAUGAAUACAU